AUGUCAGAGCCCAGCAAAGGACUUCAUGUGGUGAUGAUGUCUACAUUUUGGACCGCAGUCAUCCAUCAUGACGAACACACAGUCAAAAGGCAGCUUCACGUCAGCCAACCCUUAUGCAAGCCGAGCGUCACAACCCCAACAGACAUGGAUGGAGGCCUGAGCAAACAGGUGUUCUAUUCUCUGAUGACAUCAAGUUUUGGAUAUGGAUAUGGAGCCAGGCUGCUGCUGGUGGAACAGUUACAAGGACAGUUUGAUCUUGGGAAAAGCACCUAA